UGGAAUCUGUCAAAUAUCUGUCACUGUCAAAAACGUUAAUUGUGUCAAAAGCACCUGAUAAUUUAUAAAUUCAAUACACAACCGAUGGAUUUUAAUUAAUAAAUUUAAGUAGUGUUAUCGACCCAGUAGUUAAAUGUUAACAAUUUCCGCUAACAACCAUUGUUAAUUCCUUACAGGAAUGGCAUACAGACGCUUAUUUUACAUUGUUUUUCUCAAUGUGAUACUAUUACCACGAGAUUUUUGUUAUCCCGGAUCGAAAAAUUUACGCCCGUUAUGUCCAAGGUUAUAUGAAAGAACGUUCCAUGGUUUUGUACCCCAAGGCAAUCUUACUGCAGGUACAUUCAAGGAGAUUGAGGGUGUAAACAAGUUGAAAGAUUGUGUCAUUAAAUGUUGUCUGCAGAAACAGUGCAAUGUUGCUUUUAUGACUGAUGAGAAAUGUUAUCAUAUCACUUGUGCUAGUGAUGAAUUAUGCAAACCUGUAGUGAGUUUAAAUCCCGACUCUAAAGACCGUGUUUCGAUGGUUCUUGUGAAGCCCACUGAUGAAGAUUCAUGGCAGGAUGUUUUAGCACAAGAUUAUUCAACUGAACAUUUGGAUAGGGAGGUUUACAACGUAUUGAAUGACAAGAGGAGACUUCAAGAUAUCUACAAAGAUCUAGUAAUGGACGAAUCCACUUACAAUUAUGAUCUCAGUUGUGAAGUCGGCAUUGAUAACGUUUGUGCUCCUAAUGAAAUUUGCGUCAAAAAUUACCCCAAAUCUCGGGCUGGAACAUGUGCUUGUAAACCACGAUUUAUUCGAAACCAUUCUGGUGAUUGUGUUCUCUUAGAUUUAAAAGACAUUGGAUCUCACAGUAGUGAAAUAAUGACUGAAAGAAUCUUAGAUCUUGCAAAUAAGUCGGCUCCUGUCACUCGUAAACAUUUGUCAGUGAGUGCUGAAAACAAAAUUGUCAAACUGCCAGAUAAUGAGGUCACUUUGAUCGCUAAUGUCUCUCCUGAUGAUGACAAUGAAGACGAGAAAUAUCAGUAUGAGUGGACGUCGUUACAACAACCAGAUGGCAGCACUGCUGUUAAGCAUCAGAAUGGCGGUCAACUUCAGUUAUCAAAGUUGGUUGAAGGCUUGUAUACGUUUAAAGUAAGCGUGUCGAAUUCAUUCGCUUAUGGCGAAACCUUUGUGAAUGUGACAGUAUUGCCACCUUCACGGAUUAAUAAACCGCCACAAAUUGUAAUUACGCCGGCAAAUCAAGUUAUCAAGUUGCCAAAUACUGCAGCAGUUUUGGAUGCUUCAACGUCUACCGAUGAUGAUGGGAUUGUGUCGUGGCAUUGGGAGUUGCAACAAGGACCGUUAGGUUACCAACCUGAACUCAAAGACACUGCGACUUUACAAUUGAACGACUUGAAGAAACCAGGGAAUUACACGUUUAAAUUGACUGUAACAGAUACAGACAAGGCUACUAGCUCCGCCACUGCCAAUGUGACAGUUCUAAAGUUCACUGAUUAUCCACCAGAUGCAAACGCCGGUGAAGAUAAAAUUAUCUAUUUACCACACAACAACAUUACAUUAAACGGCAAUCUCAGUACAGACGACCAUGCAAUCACGACUUGGGAAUGGACAAAGAGUCCUGAUGAUGCUCAAAAAGCUGUUGACAUGCAAGAUACGAGAACUCCUUAUCUUCAACUGUCAAAUUUAGAAGAAGGAAUGUAUACUUUUACUUUAAAAGUGACGGAUAGUGCAGGCCAAAGCAGCACAGCUCAAGUUCACGUGUUUGUAAAACCGCCAACUAAUAAACCUCCAAUCGCUGAAGCGGGAAGUAAUAUAACGAUUAGUUUGCCUCAAACCUGGGUUGUUUUGGAUGGUAGUAAUAGUUCCGAUGAUAAUAAAAUUACGACUUUCAAAUGGGAGCAAGUUGAAGGCCCUUCAACCGUCGAAUUUGUCAACAAUACUUUGAGUAAAACAAAUGUUACUGGACUUACGAAAGGAAGUUACAUGUUUAAACUCAGCGUUACGGAUGAUAAUAAUAAUGUUGCCAGCGAUACUGUCACUGUUAUAGUAAAUCAGAAUGUUAAUCAGAAACCAAAAGCUAACGCCGGUGGAGACUUUGAAGUUGAAUUGCCAAGAAACGCCGUCCUUGUCAAUGGUUCAAAAUCUAAAGACGAUUGGGCUAUAGUCAAAUGGAAAUGGACUCGCGACGAUAAAUCGCUUGCCAUAGGAAACGUAGCUGAAAAAUCGGACGAAUCACCGGUAUUAAUUUUGACCGACGUAAUUGCUGGCAAAUACAUAUUUAACUUGACGGUUUUCGACGAACAAGGACUUAGUGAUACCGACACUGUCACUUUUGUGGUCAAAAACGACCCGAAACUGUUGAACCUUGUUGAAAUUACCAUCGAUGUGAACGCCAAACACCUCACUCAAGCUCAAUAUAACACUCUCACCGGAAAACUAGCAUUGCUUGUCAUCGACGGUUCGAAAUUGAAGGUACGGAAUGUAAAACCUGAAGUGGGUUCAGGCAAAGCGAUGAUCAUCUUCUAUGUUGAAACUCCCGAUGGCACGGCUUACCCGGCGAAUGAUAUCGUUCAGCAUUUGAGAGAGAAAUUGAGAGUUGAUGCUGGCCUUUUGGGGUUCUCUGUGGCAAAAUUGCAAACUGCGAUUUGUCAGAAUAACUGCUCAGGUCAUGGUGUUUGCAACGAACAGACGAGGAAAUGCGAAUGUGAAGCUUUUUGGAUGCAGGAUUUGUUCAAAGUUUAUUUGAAAACUGAUGAGGAUUCCGAUUGUAGUUGGAGUAUUUUGUAUGUAGUUUUGGGUGUUGUUUGUACUGUGAUGGCGUUCUUUGGAUCUAUGUGGGGAUUGGUGUACCUUUGCUAUAAUUGGUGUUCGAAGAGGUGGACGGGGACAAAGCCUACGACGUACAAGUUGAUAGAAGAUUUGCCUCCACUUGUACCACGUAAAGGCAAUUUAUCAGACAGCGACACCGAUUCCGACGUAGUAUUCGAAUCAAGGUUGAAAAACUCUCGAUUUAGUGACUCAAGAAACGGCCACAAACCAAGUCGAAACGGAUUUAUCAAAGGAGGGCGUAGGGUUAAGACGUAGGCGAAACUACAAGAGCACAACUUUUAAAGGAGGCCUCACUUUCCUUACCCCGUGCCUAAUUACUUAAAUAGGAUGUUUGUAUGUGUGUUUGAUGGAAAUGUAUCAAGUAGUUGUUGUAAUUAACUGCAAGUGUUUAACACUUUAUUUUCUAUCAGGCUGUAAUCAAGUUACCUAUACAUUAUUUAUUUCGGUAUAUUUUUUACUUAUACUGAGGUUGUGGGAUCUGUUUUAACAUUUCUGAAAUUGAUUUUAACAGGGUUUUAUUUAUUCUACAUAAUUUAUAACUAUGCUUACAUGUGUGUAGAUGAGAUUCUCAUGGUAAAUUAGUCAGUGAAUGUAGUGUAAUUUGCACUUUUUAAAAGGAAGUCAGUCAGAUUUUUGUGAUAUGAUUAAAAAGUAUUUUAAGUAAGUUUUUUCUGUCACCUUUAGAAGAAUUUAUUUGAUAUUUCAAGGUGAUUAUUUUGUAUAUUGUAUUGUAACAUAUGAAAUUCUUCUUUAUUUUUUAAUUGUAAAAAAUAAAAUACAGGUUUAUUGAG